GCAGUUUGAGGGUGCAGAAUCAAACCCAUCACGGCGGGAAUCCGUUUACCUUCAAGUGGAUUAUCCUCGUGGUUUGCAUUUGCUUAGUCGACGUCGUAAUGGCUGCCAUUUUUCACGAUAGUGUGUUUUUCCUUGAGUACGCCGUUGGUUGGAUCAACGAUAUGUUCAAAUUUGGCAGCCUCGCGCUGACGGUGUUUAUCAUCGAGGCGGAAGUCGUUGCACAACGCAAGACCCAGCUGCAGAUCUUUGAAGGUCUGGAACAACUUGGUGAACACAGGGCACGUGUUGGACUUUUGGAUGGAGCGAAAUAUAAACAGUUUAUUCGACGGUUUUUGUGGAAGUUUUUUGGAUAUCUUGUGUUCACUUUUGCAAUCGAAAUGAAACUUAUUACCGGAAUCAUGUCAUACAACUUGCAAUGGACUUAUACCUGGUUAACAGCAAUUUCUCUACAAACCAUCAACCGAAUGCGCACCCUGUUCUACAUAUUCUACAUCGAUUUAAUCCGAGCCCAGUGUGAAGUGAUUAGGGAAGAGCUUUUAAGGCUUACUGAUAUGAUGCAGUUGGCAAAGACAUUCCCCCCAACUUCUUCGCAAAGUCAAACAAUAACGAGACAAGUUUCAAAGACGUUGAUCUUCUUGAAAGGUUGCUACACUGAUUUGUGGUUUAUUAACUUUAACGUAAAUUCAUCACUAGGAUGGAGCACAUGCUCCAUUUUGACCUGCAAUUUUGUUCAAGUGUCUUGUGAUUUUUACUGGGUCUACCUUACUGUGCAUGAUAAAGCCUCCGAUGGUUAUACUGAACUUCUGAUGUGUAUUAUUCCCGCAACAACUUUGUUCAUAACUUUACUUUACUCCGCAGAAUCCUGUUUGAAAGUGUCUAAUUCAUUUGGACCAAUAUUACAUGAAAUGCCGAAAAACGAUCAGGAGAUCUUGUACAAAAUAGUUUACAGAUUUACCAAUCAUGUUUUUCAUCAACCAAUCAGAUUCAAGGCUCACAGUUUGUUCGACGUCAAUUACAAGCUUUUAAAAAUGUUCCUCACCGGCGUGGUCACCUACAUGUUCAUCUUCAUGCCGUUCUCCACGGAUUUGCCCGAUUCUCCCAAGUAGUCACCCACAAACAUCGCGCGCACAAAAAGUGCAUAACCAGAUUAAAGUGCGAUAGAUCACGUUGGGAGAGAGGCAAAGGCAAAGUGGACUGAAAAGUGCAAAAAAAAAAAACUGCACCAACAACACGUCUCAAGUGUUUGUUCGACCUGUUCGGCUUAAGACGUUGUCGUCGUCGUUUUGAAAGCUUUCGUAACCGCGCGAGCAAAGAGUUUGUGUUGUGUCUGUGAUUGGGUGUAAAUUGGUUCUCAACUAAUUAUCUGAUGCCGACUGCGCUGCUGGAGAGAAAUUUCGCGUAACACGUCGUCGUCGUCGUCGUACACAUUUGUUACUUAUGAAGUUAUAUGCUGAUGAUGAUGGCGCCAUCAAGCGGACCACUUUGGCUUGAAUUGGUCUCAUUGAAUUGUGUCAAGAGGUGGUGUGGUAGCCGAGCGAGUGCAGCGAAAACGCAUGCUGAUUAGCUUGAUUGAACUGGUUUAAGCUCAUAAUUGUUAAUCGUGGUGGAGUAAUUUAGUUUAAAAUACUUUCUUUCGCAAUUGCUGCGAUUUGGCUUUAAUGAACUUUUGAGUGGUGA